CCCAGCCCAGUCCUACGAAGGCAGGUCCUCCCCUUUUUACUCCCCACCCCUGACUUCACCUGUCCUGUCCGCGUGACGUAAUAGGCUCUGGGGGACCGGUCCCCGAGCGCGGCGCCACCAGCGCAGUACCUAAGGCAGGAAGGGCCCGCCCGCCCGCGGCCGCUGUACAAGAAGACGCGGCGGGAAGUCCGCGCGGCCCCGGGACUCGCUGACCAGACGAGCCGCCGUCGCCGCCUCCUGACAGGUCAAAGAAGAUGAAGAAGAGAAGGCAUUUGGAUUUAGCAAUUAAGAAGUCAUUGGUAAUUGAAGUAGCAAUUUUCAUCUUAAAUAGGAUAUUUACAUAAGAAACAUGGUGACACUAAUUCAUACACUAGCAGAUCAUGGUGAUGAUGUCAACUGCUGUUCCUUUUCUUCUUCCCUUUUGGCUACUUGCUCCUUGGAUAAGACACUUCGUCUCUAUUCAUUAAAUGGCUUUAAUGAACUUCCAUAUUCUCCACUAAAGUAUCACACAUAUGCUGUCCAUUGCUGCUGUUUUUCACCCUCAGGACACAUUUUAGCUUCCUGUUCUACAGAUGGUACAACUGUUUUAUGGAAUACUCAAACUGGACUCAUUUUGGCAGUGUUGAAUCAACCCAGUGGCAGUCCUGUAAGGGUGUGCAGAUUUUCUCCAGAUUCUACGUAUUUGGUAUCAGGAGCAGCUGAUGGCACUGUGGUCUCAUGGAAUAUGCAGACACAUAAGUUGUUUAGGUGUGGUAGUGUUAAAGAUGGUUCCUUGGUGGCCUGUGCAUUUUCUCCUAAUGGAAGCAUCUUUGUCACAGGAUCAUCAUGUGGAGACUUAACAGUCUGGGAUGAUAAAAUGAGGUGUUUAUAUAGUGAAAAAGCACAUGAUCUUGGAAUCACCUGCUGUGAUUUUUCUUCACAGCCAAUUUCUGAUGGUGAACAUGGCCCCCAGUUUUUCCGAAUGGCAUCAUGUGGUCAAGAUUGCCAGAUAAAACUCUGGGUUACUUCACUUACAGAUUUCUUAGGUUUUGAAUUGAAGUAUAAAUGUACACUGAGUGGACACUCUGCUCCAGUUCUGUCUUGUGCUUUUUCUUAUGAUGGUCAGAUGUUAGUUUCAGGAUCUGUGGAUAAAUCUGUGAUUGUAUAUGAAUCCAAUACUGGGAGUAUACUUCACACUUUGACUCAACAUACCAGGUAUGUUACAACCUGUGCCUUUGCACCCAAUAUUCUUUUACUUGCUACUGGGUCAAUGGACAAAACAGUGAACAUCUGGCAAUUUGAGCUGAAAUCACAUUGUCAAGCAGUUAGGCCAGGAAAUGAACCAAAGCAAUUUAUUGAAGAUUGGUCAGAGGAAGAAGUUUCAUUGUGGCUUUGUGCACAAGGUUUAAAAGACCUUGUUAGUAUUUUCAAGAUGAAUAACAUUGAUGGAAAAGAACUGUUGAGUCUUACGAAAGAAAGUCUGACUGAUGACUUAAAAAUUGAAUCUCUUGGCCUACGAAGUAAGGUAUUAAGGAAAAUUGAAGAGCUGAAAGUAAAGGCAGAAUCCCUUUCUUCUGGAAUUCCAGAUGAAUUCCUAUGUCCAAUAACGAGAGAACUAAUGCAAGACCCUGUCAUUGCAUCAGACGGAUAUUCCUAUGAAAAGGAAGCAAUAGAAAAUUGGAUCAGCAAAAAGAAGCGCACAAGUCCUAUGACUAAUCUGGUUCUUCCUUCACUGAUACUGACACCAAAUAGGACUCUGAAAAUGGCCAUUGAUCGCUGGCUGGAGACUCAUCAAAAAUGAAACUAUUUAGGUGUACUUAAUUACAUUCUAUUUCCAAUGAGGUAAAAGUUUUAGUAGCUUUAAAGGAUAAAAUAUAUGAACUCAAAAAGUUAUAGCCAAACAGAGAGAAAGUAAGCUAAGUUUUGUUUAACUAAAGUUACUAUAUUUUGUCUUUAAAACAUAUUGUGAAUUAAAUUCUAUAUCCAACUUUAUUUAGGUUGACAUUUUUAUACAAGUACAAAGCAAUCCAACAAACUUAUACAAUGGUGAGAUUUCCUUUGACAUUAGAUAACAAAGUCUUUUGAUGUUAAAUAUUUCAAACUAGAUGGUAGCCAAGUUGGAUCCAGGGUAGGUAGUUGGAUCAAAUGUUGUUCUAAUGAAUAUGACUCUAAAGAAAUCCUCACUGUAAUACCAGUGGCUCAUGUUGAGCAGAAUUGAACAUAUAUUAAUUUCAAUUGCCCUUUCAAAUGAAAAAUAUAUUAAUACACUAAAUUAAAUGUCAGACCAUUUGUGAAUGACGGUUUGUGUGGAUAUGGUUUGAAAAAGACUUAUCUGUGCAAGAAUCCAUAAAUUCAGCAAGUAAUUAUAUUAACUCUAUGUUUGUCACUGAAAAUUCAGGGAAUGGUUGAGAAAGAGAAUUAUCACCUUUCUACAAAAAACAAGUCAGAAUGAAAAAGCUACUCAAGCUCACUUUGGAGGAAGUACAAAGUCACAGUAUGUUCCUGCUAAAAUUUAUAAAGAUAGUAUAAUAUUUAAAACUAGUAUUUUAUUUUUAUUUUCUCCACAAAUUGCUGACUUCAAACUUGUGGGCAAAGAACUUUUCUAUAUGACAGCCUGAUAAUUUGGUCUCUUCACUUUAAAGACUUGCCUGAGAGAGGAAUUUUAGGCUUAGAGAAGCUAGAUUUGGGUGUAAAAUUUUUGAUUUCAAAGGAGUUUUAUGAUUUCUUGGCUAAUUUGAGUGGUUUUCACACUUCCAAUGAAAUUUAGCUUUUAGUGAUCACUAUUGAUUCCAGUGGCAAUAUGCUGUGUAAAUAAAUGGAUUAUAAAUUUUAAGGAGCAUAGGAGUGAGGAGAUGUAUUCUGGUUCUGGAUUCAACAUUUACCAGCUAAAAUAUUAUACAGAAAUCACCACCUUUCCUUAUCUGUAAAAUGAGAAUAGCUGCAUGUAAAUAAACAUCUAACUUACAGGGCUAUGAUAAAGAUAGUUCUUUGUCAGUAUACCAAAAGAAAAAGACUUGACUGCAUUCUUCUAAAUCUGUCCAUCCUCUAUUUAAAAUAAUGCUUUGCUUCAAAAAGAAAGGAAAAAUUAAAACCUAUCAUUGUUCUUAGGUCAGAAAAUCUUUUUAUUUACAUCUAAAUUAUGAGCUAAUAAAAAACUUGUAAACAAAAGAUAUCUAUCUACAGAAAGAGAAACCUAGGAAAAAAGCAACAUCUUUCCACAGAAGUCUUUUUGAUCAAAUUGUAAAAAGUAGAUCACCUACAAAAUAUGUUUAUAAAAAUAUAAAUAGCUCUCAUUUUGUGUAUUGGUAGAAAAAAUUCCUCUUCUGAGAUAAAAUUUCAUUUACAACAGGUUAAGUUUACAUAUCAUAAUUGUAUACUGCUACUUUUGCAUUCCAGAGUUCACCUAAUUCUUAGUUCUUAAUUUACUAUUACUAGACAUAGAUCACACACUUCUUUCAAAAGAAAUUAUGAGACAUUAUUAAGUACCUGAAGAAUCAGCCAUUAAUGAAAAAACCAUUUCUAGGGCCUGUGGUGUUUGUUUUUAAGAAACUAGAUUUGCUGUAAGCAAGAGAAUGUGACUAUUAAAAGUCUGGAAUAGGAAUAAAUAAAUGUUAUUCUAAGUGACUUGGAAACUAAAAAUAAUAAUUAUGGAACCCUUUUCUUUAUCUCAGCAGACAGAACCACGAGUGCUUUUAAUCAAAGAAUGAAUAAAAACCACAGGUGUGUCAGACUCCAAUUUAUUCAAUUUGAGGCAACACAGGUGGCUUCAUAAAAAGGAAGUGAGUCUUAUCUUGCUUCAGGAAAAUGUAUGAUAUGAGGGAGCAGGGAGUUCACAGAAUAGCAUAAUGUUGAGUUCCUUAAGGGAUCCAGAAUGGCCAGUCAUCGUUUCCUAUAGCUAUACUUUCUUCCUUCUUCCCAGGUCCUUAUUGUAUUACCUUUCAACAUUAGAACAUCAGCUAGGUAGGAAUUGUUUUUUCUCCCUAUAAUUUGUAGCCCCAGCUUUUACUCUUAGCAUAGUUCUUGGCCCACAUUAAAUGCCUAAUAAAAUGCUUCUUACCUUGCCUAAUGCAACUUUGCAUUAUCUACACAACAAUAUUAAGCUCCUUUUAUUCCAGUCUUCAUUCAUUCGCUCUUUAUCCAAAAAGUUACAUUUCUUUAACCAAACUACAGAAUGUGUUGGAUUAAAAAAAAAAAAAAAUCACCUCAAGUCAAUGUAAAUUUGACCUUUGUCAUCUAAUAUGUAAAUAAGAGGUGAUUUGGAGAUAUUUUAGUAUUACAACUGAUUAGCUGAAUUAGAUCAAAUUCAGGUCUGCAUAUAUCAGAAUUUUAUCUUGGUUUAGCGCAAUUUGCCAUUUUCCCUUUGAAAAUAAAAAGAAAUUAAAAUUCAUGUUGGUAUGAAGAGAAACACUUAAGAUGAAACAUGUUGUAAUAUAAAUGUGCUAAAGGCAAACCUGUGACAGUAACACUCAGUUUUCUGUAUGUUUUGGCAAAAAUGAUUGAGAGCUGGAGUAUUACCCAUCCUGUUGCCAGUCAAAACAGACACUAAGAUUUUUUGGCACAACUAGAAAGUAAAAAUAAAGAUUUGAUCUAUAAAAAAAUGUGUGUUUCAGAGGAACAAAGACGUAAUGUCAAUGUUCAGCUUCUAGAAUGUCUACAAGGCUUUGGGACAGUAAUAGGUCACUCAAAAUUAUAUCAAUUCAUAUAUUGUACUCAUAAACAGUAUACUCUCCACAUCCAGGAUUUUGUUCAACUCAGAGCAAACUAUAUUAAUAGUCUUUAUUCCAUAUGGAAAAGUACA